GUCUGCUCGGCGCUCGCACUAAUCGCAAGGGACAAGCGCUCCCGACGGGAGCGGAGCGCUGCCCGCCGCACCCCGGGCAUCCCUCCGGCUACUGCGGCCAGCCUCCCGCCGCUCCUACGGCGUGUUUCGGGCGCUACAGCCCCGGCGCCGCCCCGUGCACGCUGCCGGCCGGCCGGGCAGUCGGGGCAGCGGCGGGCGGUGCGCGGGGAGCCCCGGCCGGCCCGGCGGCGCAGCGGGCACGCGUGGCGGGCGGCCCUGGGCCGGUGGCGGCGGGCGCAGGUGCCGCGGGCGGGGCGGGAGCUGCGGAGCCGCGGCCGGGGGCGCGGCGGGGCGGGGAGCGGCCGGAAGUGACGGGGCCGGGCCGGUCUGAUUCACCUGCUGGGCGGUGCGCGGGGCGCAGCCCGGGCACGGAGCCGCCGCCGCUGCUGGGUGCCCGCCGCGCCAUGGAGCCGCCGCCGCCGCUGCCGCUCGGGGUGUCGCUCGUGCUGCUCUGCUCCGCAGGUCUGACAAGAAGCCUAACUAUAACUUCAGCUGACCAGUCAAUCUUUGAAAAAGCACAAGGAGAGAAAGUUACGUUGCCAUGUACUUUUGAACUCUCAGAAGAAGAUAAAGGCCCACUAGAUAUUGAGUGGGUAUUGAUACCAGCAGAUAAUCAAAAGGGGGAACAAAUAAUAAUAAUGUAUACUGUAGACAGGACUUACGAUCAUUAUUAUGCCGAUAUGACUGGGCGAAUGCAGUUUACUAGUCUUGAUCCCAAAUCUGGUGAUGGUUCAUUGGAUAUCCUGAAUUUAAAGGCAGCAGACACUGGCACAUAUCAGUGCAAAGUGAAGAAGGCUCCUGGAGUUCAAAGCAAAAAAAUACAGUUGACUGUACUUGUAAAGCCAGCACGGACUAAAUGUUCCAUUCAAGGAUCACAGGAGAUCGGAAAAGACGUUACCUUGAAAUGUGUGUCACAAGAAGGAUCCCCACUUUUGUCUUAUGACUGGAGGAGAGUAUCUGGCACACAGAAUCUUCCUGCCACUUCUGUGCUGAAUAAAAAUACAGGGGAACUUCUUCUGAAAAACGCCUCUCGAGAGUAUUCUGGUACAUACAACUGUGUGGCCUCAAACAGAGUUGGCACGGAUGAAUGUUCUGUUGAGCUGAAUGUCACCCCUCCCGUAAAUACAGCCGGUAUAAUUACUGGAGCUAUUAUAGGAACUCUGCUGGGUCUCUUCGUACUGUCUUCUGUCAUCUUCUGUUUCUGUAAGAAGCAUAGAGAGAAGAAAUAUGAGAAAGAAGUACAUCAUGAUAUCAGAGAAGAUGUUCCACCUCCAAAAAGUCGCAGUUCUACAGCUCGCAGCUACAUUGGCAGCAAUCGUUCUUCCCUGGGCUCAAUGUCUCCCUCCAACAUGGAAGGAUAUACCAAAACUCCAUACAGUCAAGUUCCAAGUGAAGACUUCGAACGUGCUCCUGCUCAAAACCCAGCCUUUGCACCUUCAAAGGUAGCUGCACCUAAUUUAAGUAGAAUGGGAGCUGUUCCUGUGAUGAUUCCAGCACAAAGCAAAGAUGGGUCGAUAGUAUAAAAUAUUAAUUUAAAAGCUGUUUUUUAAAGUGUUCAUUGUAAGUACUAGAGAAAACUACUGUGUUCCAACCCUCAUUUAAACACUGGCAUGAAAUUUACCUUGAAGAAAAUAUACAAGUUAGUUUGACAAGCCACCAAUUCUCAUAUUUAAUUGUAAACUUAUUCACACAUGACAGUUGAACUAUUUGCUAAAAGCGUUGAAGUUCAUAAAUAAAUGUCGGACACUGAAGGUAUUUGAACCUCUGGUAGGUUGCUGGGGAGGCUCUGACACUGUCAGCUACUGAACAGUUCUGAAUGUGUAACAGUGAGACGCAGGUGAGAAAUAACAAAAGCAUUUCAUAUGUAGACCAGGAAGUUUCUCAGGGUUCCUGAGACUUUAUUCUCAGUUGUGGAAUAACAGAAAUAUUUUGAUUUGGCCACUGUCUGGUAUAGUUGCAGGGGUCUGAAAUACCAAGGAUGACUUUGAAUUCUGUUCAAAUUGAGUAUUUAUGUGAUUCUUUAACCUGAUGAUGUUUGUUUGGAGUACCUGAGCUCUUAUUUCAGGGCAAACAGUUAUUUGAUUAGUUCAGUUAAUUUAAUUAAUCUGUUCUGAAUUUAAAAUAGCAGUUAGUGGAAGUAUGACAGGAAACCUUGCAAGUUCUUUGAAACACAAAUUUUUCUACAACAGCUAGUUCUGGUCCUGUCAGAUAACUUAAUACUUAGAUUAUCUGAUGCAAGAGGUCCUGUCAGGUUGUUGGUAGAGGGAUCUAAGCUCUAAAACCUAAGGACCAACUGUUACUGUCACAGUAAGAACGAAUUAAUGGAUCUUUAUACAGGUCUUUAAGUUAAUUGUACCUUGCAUUAUUCCAGUGCCUGGUUAAAUACUUAGGCACUGCUCUAAGGUUUGUUUCCCAAAGCAAUUUCCUAGAAGCUCCAUGGAGAUUUGAUGAAACCUGUUAAGUAACUGGUAUUUGAUGUCUGUCCUCUUGCUCUAAACACUGUGAAAACAACUUUUUCUCAUAUGCACCUAAGCAGCAGUCAGUCCUUGUUCAAUAUGCUAAUGUCUGGCUGUAUGAAUUUGCAAGGAGUUCAAAGCUCAUUUUUUCUUGCCUCUUCAACAGCCCUAAGUAUUCUGAGCCAAUGUUCAGACUCUGGAGAGCAAGAGUUUCAUGUAGCUGAGAGGAAAUAAUUACCCAGAAUUGUUGAUACAAAUCUCAUGUUUCAAGAUUGAAAAUGCUUCUUCCCAAUUUUGCAAACUUAAAGCAAUACAGGAGAAACACAACAAUUCCUUGUCUUACUUUCAUGUUUAUUUAAGGACUUCUGGUAGCUUCUGAUGACUGUUGUUAUACACCUGCAAAAGCUCCAUUUAAAACUCAGUACAGUUUGAAUCUGUGAAUUCUUUCUUCCUUCCUGUUUUCUACCUUCUUUAUCUUGUGCUGGGGAGCAGGUGGGGGAGAGUUCUUUUAGCUUACUUUAGCUAAAGAUAUUGAACUGCAAGCUAUUUUGGAAAAGUGUAAAUGAUUAUAGUACAUGCACUGAUGUUAAUGAAGGAAAUAUCUGAAUAGCCUGUUGAAAGAUGUUAGGAUUAUUUGUGUAUAGCAACAGUGAGAGAAAAUAACAUUACCCCAGACUUCUAGGUUUAGUAUCUGCUUAUCUGUAGCUGCCUAUAGAUCUGUGAUAAAUUCUUUGGCUUACUACUAAAUGUUUGUCCUAUCUGUAAACAGGUGCACAAUUUUUGGCUGGCACUAUUAAAUGUAAAGAAAUUCCCCACUGCCCAUGGCAGUGGUUGGUACAAGGUCAUCUUUAAGCUCCUUACAACCCAAACAAUUUCAUGAUUUUAACAUACCCUUCAUACUGAAUUUAGAAACUUGAAUGGCUAUUAAUAUAGAGUUAGUUUUACACACUUGGGACUUUUUUAGAUUGUAAACUGAUACUGUUAGAGAUCAGAUUUUUUAUCUUUCAUGUGUGCCUUGUCAAUAAACUUUACCUGAUUGUAACUUCAGUUUUUAUGAAAUUUCUGGUGCCUAAACAUACUGUAUGAACAGGUGCUUAGAUGAUGGUACAGUUCUUAAAACAUGACACUGUGAUCUGAUUUCUUGAUUCUUAUGUACUAUUUAUACCUCUUCAUGCCUAUUUUUGGAUGUGAACUUCAGUGUCUCUCUCUGUAUUGUUCUGUAUUUCAAAAUGUCACUUAACUCCUUCAAUUGCUAAUUAUGAUUUGAGUGUUUGUGUUCCUGAAAGCUCUUCAGUUGUUGUACCAAUGAGAGGGAUGAUUGACUUUUAUUUAUGUGGUAAAUAAUAGGUUUAGUAAAUGUGCCAAACAUAGCUUCUGAAGAACUAUAGAUGAAGAGACAUCUUUUUGCAUCCAAUUAUUGUGAUAGAAGAGACUUCCAAGAUGUUAAUCACACACUGAUUGUUUACCUUGAAACAAAGGCCUUUCUUAAUGAAAAGGGUAUAGUUACUACAAAUACAAGUUGAGUGCAAGACUAAACUGAAUCACAGACUGAGAGAGAGCUAUAAACUAAAGAACCAGGCAGCAAACCUACUAAAUUUGAUUCUAAGCCUUUAGUGGACCUAUGUGUUUUUUGGUGGUUUGAGGUUUUUUUUAAAAUAAAUUUUUUGUUUGGUUUGGUUUUGGUUUGGCCUGAGACCCUGUAACUUACAGUCAGGUAAGCCCUAGGACACUCAGACUCAGAAACCUGUCUCAGUAAAGCACAUGGAGCAGAGCUUACACAUGCUUGAUGAUCUGUCAGCUUCUGCAAAAUAAUAAAUGGGCAGAAGGACAGCCGGAUGUGCCCUCAGAGCCUGGCUGUUAGGCUUAGCAGCCUUGACAGUGUCUUUCUAUUUAUGUAAUUGCAUGGAAAAAUGAUAGAAAUGGAAUCUGACACAGUCCUUAUCUGAAAUAUAGAACCUCUGACUUGGGGUAAACUCUGCCUCAAGUUGCUAUCAUCAUGCCUUUUUGGGUGGAUGCAACACUACUAUGAAAACAUAAUACUGCUACUAUAAAUUAUUUCUUUUGUCACUAGAUUGUUCACUUACACUGGAUUAUGAUUCUCAAAAGCAGCUACUAUAUUUUAACAAUUAUUUCUAGCUGUGUGGGAGAUGAACUGGUUAAACAUGUGAGGUGUCCGAUGUGACAGAGAGCUCUGCUGACAGAACACUUUUAGGAAGUAAUGGCAGCUGAUAUACCAGUUAGGAGGUGGCAUUUUUAAUGUCUCAUUUUGUUAAAAAAAAGGGGGGGGGAAAGGGAGGGAGGGUGGUACCAUUGUGUAUAUACUCUGAGUGAGCUCAAGAAACCUCUAGUUAAUAUCAUGACUGUAAAAUUGCCUGUUGAGGACUACUAUAUAUAGAAAAGAAACCCCUCAAUUUUAGCAUGGUGUGAAUAAAGUGUUAGACUUGUAAUACUGUAGAGGUUAUGUAACACUUGUCCAUACAUUACAAGAGUUUUCAUCAACUUUCUGCAGUAGGUAUUUAAAGAUACUUGUGUGGAUCUUCCUUCCCUAAAAACAAAUACUUCUUCCAAAACUGUGUGGUGCACAGAAAUGCCUUGUUGGAGGGGUAAAACAUGACUUUUGAAAGAAAUGUACAACGCAUACGUCUUUCUCAGAUCUUGAUAGUCUCAUUCAUGUUAGAUGUAUGCUUCCUGUUUAAUAGUGCAAGUAAGACUUCUGAAUUGCAAGAUUUUCUGUAAUGCUGAAUAUUGUAUAUUACUGGUUUCCAUGACAAGCUUUUAGUUUUGUUCUGAGCAGUGUAUAUAUUCUGGAUCGCUCUAGGUCUUUGUUCCAGUCUAAAGAUAUUAUGCUAUUUGUGUCACUUAAACCUUGUUUUAUACACUUGAUAGGUGCUUUUUGGGGCCCUUUGUUGAAUAGUCCCCUAGCACUGAGGCAUAGCUCAGCUGAAAUCAGAGCAAUAACAACUUCCUGGGAUCCAAAAUAUUGCAAUGUUGUGUUACACUUCUCAUGCACAAAGCAUGGACUUUGAACAUUGAUAUGAAUUUCAGUAUGAGGUUUUUAUAUUCACACUUUUGGGGAAAUGGUAUUUUAAAAUACAGGUAUUGUGAGUGAAUUUGUAAAAAAACAAAAUCCAAAAUUUUAAAAUGCUCUAGUUCCAUGACAGACUUGUGUACUUUUUGAAAUAAAACUGUUGGAGAAAGCAGUAGUCUGUCUUUAUUUUAAAGCAGCACUUGUAUAUGGCUUCACCUUUUUUUUUAUGUAAUUGGAAGUGAACUAAUAAAUAUGGCUGUGUAUA